ACUGGAGCCCAAGUGCGGGGACUGUGCCUGGGGGGACGGUCCCAGGGCCCGGGCUCCAGCCUGAGCCCAGAUGUCUACACGGCAAUUUUUAGCCCCCCAGCCUGAGUCAGACCAGACGCGGGCCCUUCCACGGGGCUUUUAUUCCAGUAUCGACGUACCAGAGACUCCCCUGUCGUUUCCACACGCCCUCUCCCCGGGCUUCACCCCAAUGGCGCGGCCUCCGGUUCGCAGCCUCGCUCUCUGGGGGCCCACGGCAGCCGCAAACCCCGCGAUGCUCUCCCUGUUCUCCGGCACAGAGAGUGAAAGGGAGAGGCUCGUGCGCGCCAGCCAGUCGCUGCUCGACUCCCUGCAAGGAUGCAUCUCGGCCACCCACGUGCUGCUCCGCAUCCUCACCCAGCACCUUGACACCAGCGUGUCCCUGGAACCGGUGGGGGGCGACGUUGGCGUGGGGGAGAACCUGGAGCACCUGCUGCGGGCGGCGCAGGAGAUGCAUGCCACAGCGGAGCAGACGGACAGACACGUGCAGAAGAACACCAGCCGGGACCUGUACGCCCGCAUGGCCUCCCCCCACACCUCGCUGCAGGAGAAGGGGGCCAUUGUCCGGGACUUCCACCAGGCCACCCUGGGGAUCUUCGGCAGCGUGGGUGGCCCCGUGGUGGCCGUGCUGCUGCGGAACGCCGGCCUCCCCGAGCGGCUGGAGGCGGCUCUGCGGGAGGCGGAGGCCUCCCCGGUGCUGCGCCUGCCGAUGGACGCCCUGCGCCAGAGCAGUGAGGAGAUCGCCAGGGCCGUGUCUGCUUGUGUCGCCCCUGGGGGCCCAGCUGGGGAAACGACUGCAGGGCCCCCCGAGAAUGGCCCCUUCUCCGGGACUGGCGUGAUGCAGAGCCUGGGCGACUACCUGCCCGAUGCCCUCACGGGGCGCCGUGCUAGGAACGCCCUGGCAGCAGCCGCCGGGCACCUGGAGGAGGCGCUCCGGGCUCUGGCACCGGCCUGUAAGUCUUUCCAGUUGGCGGCUGCCGCAGCUGAGGUCUACAUGGCCCUGAUCACGGAGCAGCAGCCGGGAACGGGAGAGGGCCCCGGCCAGAAUCCUCCCGGCAUCGCCCAUGGAGCUGAGCAGGCAAAGCCAUGACAGCGCCCCCCUCGGCGUGGCACACGCACCGGCAGGCUCUGCCCUGGGCUCUGCGCUGGUUAACGAGCCCGGCACAGCCCAGCAUGUGGGGCUGGCAGCCGGGAACCACAGCAAAUAAAGGGAACUGAGCAAAA